AUGUGUGAUUAUGUGCCAUGGAAGAAUAUUGAGCAAAUCGAUGACGUCACUUUCAGGUGAGCUGAAAAUUGCGAGAAAUUGAGGGAAAUGCGGGGAAUUGGUUUUUGUUCAUUGUUUUUGAAAAAAAAGAAGAUUUAAAAAAUUGAUUUGUUGAGGGAGAAAUCGAAUUUUAACAAAAUUUUUUUGUUUGCAAUAUGUAAAGUAUUCAAGUAUUCAGAUUUUUUUUUCAAAUUUUGUAAAAAGCUCUUUUAAUAGUCGACUAUCAAGUUCUGAAAAUAUUAGCUUCCAAUUCGCAAGCAUCGCUGAGAUAUUCAACGAUCUUUGCAGACGAGAGACUAUGGAAAAGAGGAGAGACGGUUAGAGAAAAAACGGCUUUUUCCGGUUUCUAAGCGAGUUUUUGACGGAAAAAAAAUAUUUUUUUUGUGGAAUUAUUAUACUGAAUAUUUUAUCAUUUCUUUUUGAUUUUGAAAAUGAAAAAAAAAUUAUAAUUCUGAAAAGUAAAAAAAUUUUUUUUUGAAAAAUAAUUUUUUAGAGCCCCAGCCAUCUCCACAACCGAAGAUCCCCGAGUGUACCUCGGGAAUUUGCUUGCAAAAGCCGCAUUUUGCGCCCAUCGAACCGUAGACAGUGGAUUUGACCUGAACAGUUUGCAUAGUUACUUUGUGAAAAGCUGUAAGCAAAAAUUUUCAAAUUUUUCUUUAAAAAAAAUUUAAAAACAAUUUUUCUUUUCAGUAAACACAAAAUUGCCGUUGAAAAUCAUCGUCGAGAAGACCCGAAGCGGAAGGAAUUUCUCAUUCAGAUCGGCUCAAAUCAUCCAAAAAGACAAGAAUUUCCAGAACGAAGAGGUCCAUUAUCACUUUGAAUUCACUUUUAAAAAGGUAAGUAAAGAUUUAGCAGUGCUACUAGGGCCAAAAAAUUUUUUUUUCUAAAUCUUUGCACUAUGCAUUUUGCAAAAUUUUUUUUCGCACUGUGCGGCUUGCAAAAAAAAUGUUUUUAAUUUUUUUUAACUAAAACGUAUCGCAAAGUCAAAAAAAAUUUUUUAAAGAAUACAUAUUUGAAAAAUUUAGCUUUUAUUUUACACAAAUUUUCAAGAUUUUUCGAAAAUUAUGCAAAAAAUCGAAAAUUUUUUAUAAAAAAAUCAAAAUUUUAAAAUUUUAUAAAAGCUUCCAAAAAGAUCCAUUUUCAUUUUUUUCAGUUCUAAAAAAUCAUUUUUAGCGUACGGGCAAAGGCUCGUUGAAGUUUACGCAAGUCAAUGUUCCAGUUGUUCCACAGCCGGAACGGCUUCGAACCUUCGAGCAGGUCCUGGAAGACCUACCCCGUCUCCGUUUCAACAAAAUCCAAGCCGUAGUUCCCGUGUUUCCGGAGAUUUUCAAGAACUAUGAGAUCAUUCCGUGCAAUGGCGUCGAAUUCGUGGCGGGGCCACAAAGAGAGGCGUUGAAACAACACUUCUGGUUCCGGUUCAAAGGAAAUCUCGGUGAGUGAAAUAAUUCACGAUAUAUGUAUAAUAGAAAAUGAAUGUAAUUUAAUAGUAGCAAAUAACAUUUUCAGCCGAACGAUCCAGCUUUAUUGAUCAACUCAUUUUGGCGUAUAUCUCGGACAUUGGACUGACUUACUCCAAAACCAAUGGAAAUAUUGAUACCUAUCGGCUUCUCGGGUCUUUGGAUCAUUCCGGAUGGAUUCAUGAUAUCAAGUAAGCAAGUUUACUGCCGGAAAAACAUUCGCUGCUGAUCAAAUUAACGCAUUUUUAGCCAAAUGUGGUCAUUUUUCACUAUCAGAUGCGGAAUUGUCAUCAUUUUUUUUAGGUUCAACACCAACGACUUCUUGCUGUGGGAAGGCGAAUGCACCAUGCAUUCGCUUGGCCGUGCCGUCACUCACAAUCGAAUCUGGACCCGAGGCGGCGAACUUAUCGCCAGUUUCACGCAAGAGGCCAUCACCGAAGGAGUGAAGCCGUUGAAUAUCAAAGAAGCCGCGAGAGCUGCGGAAAAUCGACCAAAGAUUUGA